GGCAACCAGAACACAGGAGUCCGUUUCCCGACACCACCAAAAUGGACGUCAACGGGUCUGACGAGCGCAACAGGCUGGCGUUAAAAGCCAGCCGCUCCGCUCGCCCUCUCACAACACCCAUCCAACUUCUUUCCUCACAUCGCUCCCACCACCAGUUUCCAGCCACGACACACGGUCAGCCAAAGCCUCGUCGGAGCUGACCAUGGCACCUUCCAUCGCUUCCAACAAACGAAAAACCAGGCACACUGCACAUCAUGCCGACUUCCUCCGAAAAUUCGCUCAACGCGAGAAUGAAAAACGAAGGAUCACAAAGGCAGCUCCUCUCAACGCCAGACAGCGUGCCGCCCUUCGUGAGCAGCUCCAGGACAUGCGCUUUCUCAAGCCGGAUUACGCCGAUGGCACCAAGAUUAACAUCGCACGGAUAUUGAGGAAGUGGAAAAUAUACUGCAACGCUACGGAAAGCGGCCCAUGGAUGGAGGUGAUCAACAGACUCGAUCGGCCGAUGGCGAUGGAUUUCCUCGAUCAUCUUUGUGAAAGAUGGAAGAUUACGUCUGAAGGUACUUCGUGGGAGUAUUGGCGUCAGUAUAAGCAGCUCUACAGCAGCGUGACGGGUCGAUAUUUCGACAGAAACGACAAUAGAGAGGUCCAGAAGUGGCACGAUACCGUUCUGGUUUCUAAGUGGAAACUUCGACCUCCCAACAUCGACGGGAAGCCAGUCCUUGGUACCGAUGACCUCCUGGUACUGCAGACCUUCAACAUAGCAUACGACGAAGGCGUCUUCCCUUCUGAGCGACACCGCAUCCAGCUCUCAGGCUGCUACCUGCUCCUGGCGUUUACUGGCGCUCGACCUGCCGAGAUAGUGGAUAAUGAGAAAAGGCGGCCGAAAGAUGGAACAUAUGAAGAUCUCUAUGGUCCGAAGAGCAUCAGAAUUGAGGACUCAGCCUACGAUUCGGAUCAGCCUGUCGAUGACAACUCUCGCUUGCUCGAGAACAUGUUGUACCAGGAGACCAUAGCUCGCGGACGACCAAAAGCUCUUUGCUAUGAAGACAUAUGCUUGUCGGUUGUACGCCAUCCGCAGACCGGUAUGGACGUUCUAACCAUGGCGGUCAAGUUCAUUCACCACAAAGGAGUUGAUCGUAAGCCCAAACCGACCAUCUUCUUCUUCACUGGUACAAGAAGACUUAUGUUUUGUAUCAUCACUGUCGUCGUUAGUAUCGCUAUCGGUGACGAGGCGUUUGAUGCGCCGAGCCUAACAAGUGCGACGAGCGUUUUCCGACUCCGAAACUGUGGAUCGAGCAAGUGCACGCCACUGCGUUGGAAAGAAGAAUGGCUGAAACGACCCCUAUUCCGCGGUUUCGAUGGUUCGGCCGUGUCAAAGGAGAAACCCCUGCCGUAUCAUAAGUUGAACGACGACAUGGAGCGACAAACUCUUGACGCCGGGUUUGAGAAAGCGCUAGGGCCGAAGGCAUUUCGCAGAGGAGCCGCCAACGCGGCGGACGGUAACGCAUCUGAUGCUGUGCGCGACCAGAUGAUGCGCCAUGAUCCGAGAUGGGCCACUUUCAACGGCGCCUACAUCAACGAAAAGGUCGAAUUUCACCUUGAGAGAGUUGUGGCAGGCGAACCAACAGAUGAUUGUCUGAUCGAUCUCUUCACGCACAUGAGCUUGACGCGUGACCCAGAAGCUAGGCAAGACAUGGUGCCCGACGAAGUCUGGCAAAGUCUAGAACCCAAUCCCGAGAUCGUGGAACUAGAGGCUCAGAGGGACAAGCUGAAGAACGGGCGGUAUCGAAUUCGAGGCACUAAACACGAAGACAAGGUACGACAGCUUACGAAGACGAUCCGAACGAAGAAGGCGCAACGCGAGAAGAGUAUUCGAGAAUACUAUCGGCAGUACUACUUCUACCAUCGUCCCACGUGGGAGAUUGAGCAGCAGCUUGCCGGUGAUGACCAUCAAGUCGACCAAGCAUAUUCAGUACCAGCGGUCGAUCUUCACAUACCGGAGCGUGCGCAGCUGGCAAACUUGCUAUGCCAACACGUAGAUGACCUGGAUUUCGAUGGCUUCUUGCGGCUGCGUAUUGAGGUCGCUGAGCUCAUGGUUUCUCUGAUUGGAAAGCGAGAAACGGCCAAACGCAAGCGCAUCGUCACGAAGGUGCUGAGCGGCGUCUCCAGCCCGGUGCAGGAGAAAUCACCGGAGCCCGACCGUUUUCCGCUGCUCAUGGCAAAGGCACAGUGUCCUCGUUGCAUCGGCGAUGAAGCAAUGUCUGUGGAGGAGAGAACAUUUGCCUAUUGUCGGCCGGCCGUGAUGAACGAUCAUUUUGACCGCGAACAUCUUGCGACGAUGGAAAAGAUGGAACGCGACGGCUUCAUCGGCUGCAUGCACCCGAAGUGCAGAGAGGCGGACAUUAAGCUGCACAGUCUUGAUCAUUUUCGGAAUCACGUCGCCACGAUCCAUGGUGUUGCUCUUCGACCCUCCCGACGGUAA